CUGGCUUACACCGAGGAGAUGUGUGCCGUUGCGUCGUCGUUUGGUUUUUGUCUUGUCAAAAAAUAAAUUUUGCGCCACGUUCAAAACGCAAAAUCCCAGUGAUAUAUAAACAACAACAACCACAACAAAAAAAUGUUUAUUUUUGAAAAUAAAUAUUCUAAUUUAUUUAAAAAUAAAUAAAAUUUUGAAAUUAAAAAAAGUGGAGAAAAUAUUUAUAUGCAUUUCUGAGAAAUAACAAAAUAAAAUAUAGAAUAAUGUUCGUUACGAUUGGCUGAACCGUGUCGAUGUUCAAGUCGUGAAUCUGCUUUUGUUGUUUUUUUUUUGUUGAAUUUAUUUAUUUGCAAUUCCGCGGUUUCUGACGAAGUCAAGGCAUAGGAAGCAGUAGAGUGGAGAAAAUAAUAAAAAUUAAACAAAAAAGGAGAGAAUUAACACCAAAUCUCUACACACAAAUACUAGUGCAACGGUAUUUUCUACCUGUGGCAUGUGGAUACGAUCGUUUCUCCAGCCUGCUCAGCUCCGUUGUAUCUAAGUUGGUGAUUGGACUUCAAAUACGUUUGCAAAUUAAGAAUCUGCCCCCUUAAGCCCCUUUAUCACCUUUAGCUCCACAAGAAAACACGUCGGUCGCGUCGUCGUUGUCGUCGAUAUCGUCGUCGUCUGUCGUUAUCGGUGGUUGGUUGUUGGUCGCAUCUAGCAUCUCGCAUCGGCUUGCGGUCCUGUGUGUUUAAGUUCUGUCAACAUUCCAACGACUUGAGCGCGCGUAAUAUUUGGACUUUAAGCCCCACAAGUAUUUUAUCUUUUUUUGUUUUUUUUUUUUUCAUCGUUUGGCAAGACAAGAGGAAGAAGGACAUUUUUGUCGCUCACUGAUCAGCAGCAGGCGGCUUUGGCUUGUGGCUUGUGGAAGCACGAAGACGGGCGCAUUGUGAAGCAGUUCCAGCCGGCAUCGCGCAAACAGGUUAACUUCAAUUGACGUUCAAGUCUUCAGGUCUCAUAAAUGGAUUGCUGGCUUUUUUCUUCGACAGAAAAUAACAAUCAAGAGAUCGUCGUAUUAUAAUUGAUAUUGAAGUAAUUGAAUGGAAACGAAAAACAAAAAAACAGAAAAUUAAUUCCACCCAAAUUAAUUGAUCGUUUAAUUAUGCUGAAGUUGAAAUGGCUAGACCGAAAACUUCUAUUUACGCUGCGGGGAUAACCUGCUUGGGAUUUAUUUGCUUUAUUCUAGCUGCAGCUGCAGUUGGAAUACCAAUAUGGGGCCAUUACGACACUCCAUCAGGUGGAUAUUACGACACCGAUAGAGGAUACUUUAGUUUAUUUAAAGUUUGCAAACAAUUGACGUACAACAGAGAAAAAUGUGGGAGUGAUGUAUCUAAAUUUCAACUUGCUUCUUCUGUUUUUGUAAGUGGCAUUCUGGCGGUACUUAGUACGGUUGCAUUGGGGAUAUAUUGUAUUCUGGCAAUUAUACAAAUGGCAAUGAUAUCUUCAAGGGAAAAGGUUGUGAUGAAAUAUACUUCUUUGGUUUUGUUUAAGAUGUUUAUGGCAUUAAUAGGAUGUCUUCUAGCUAUAAUUGCAACAAUUUUGUUUGCUGUACAAAUAGAUGAUUCUGAAAAAUAUGGAUUUCGAGUAACGAGAGGAGUUUCAUUUUAUAUUCAAAUAGCUGUAAUAGGUUUAACAAUAGCCCUUUUUGUGGCAUCAGUGUAUGAUAUGCUCUUUUCAAGGAAACCUGAAGGAGACCCAACUAUGGCUAUAGAUACAUCACCAGCUAAUGCUACUACAUUCAAUAAUCCUGGAUUUAAAGAAGGACGAACGAGAAAUGGAGUCUCUGUAACAGAUGCCUCAGGAAAACCCUACAGCGGCAUUCGAAAUGGUGGUAGUGUUGCAUCAAUGAACACAACCCUAACAAGUGUGUCGAACGGUUCAACAGUCGAAUCUGUUACCCGGUCACCUCUGCGAUCCAGUUUAAAGAAACCCCGACCAAAGGACACUCUGGGUAUACAGAAUCCAGGUUUCUCAGGAUCCGGGCAUUCACCGCCAAUGAAUCGAAAUGGCAGUGUUAAAAAAGUUCGAAUACAAACGCAUAGUACGGAAGUUUAAUUAAAAACAAAAAAUUAAAUUAAUUAAUAUAAAUCUCACACCACCUCCACCACCAACCUACCUUAUAGUCCGUUUAAAAUUUAAACGUUGUUUUUUUUUUGUUAAGAAGAAAGACUGUGUAAAAAGUAAUAUUGCAUAUUUUAUUAAAAACAAAAAAUAUAUAAUAAUUCGUUGCAUUAUGUCGUCAAAUUUUAGUUAUGUAUUAAUUUUUAAAUAUAUAAUUAUUGUGUACAACUGUUGUGCUGGAGUAUUUAGUAGAUAAAUAAUAAUUGAUUAAAAUUUACAUUCUUUAAAACAAAAACAAAACCGGGCAAAAAGCAAAAUCUUCUUGAAUUAGAUUUAUAAUUUGUUUGUAUUGAAUUAAUGAAACACAUAAUUUUUAAAUGAAUUUUAAAUUUAACAUUAACUUUAAUAUCCUCACUUUAUUAAACUCUCUGUCUUCCAUUACGUUACGUAAAUUUUAAUUCGAUUCAAAAAUGGAUAAACUUGUAAUUAUAUUUAAAAUGAUAUAAUUAUGAGAGUACAAAAUGGAAAAUAAUAUGUAAAUAAUUCUAAUUAUUAUUAUUUUAACUCACUGCAUAUUUUGUUGUUUUAAUUAAAUAUUAACAGCAUUUUUAUUGUAUUCACUGAAGACAUAGAUAUAAAUAAAUUUAAAAAAGAAAAACAGCAAACGAUUCCGUCCUAUGGUGGAGCACGAAGCAUCAUCCACAAUUUGAUAUUCGUUGCUGGCACUGUGAUUUUAAUAAAGAAACAUUAUUUGUUUAAAUUAUUUUCUUUUUCUAAUUUAAAUUUUAUUUUAUUUUUAAUUAAUCCACACAAAUUAUUUUUAUUGGUAAUUAAAAUUGCUGUAAGGAGACAGGCACAAAAUAAAUACAAUUUAUUGUUUGUUGAAUUUAGUAAUUAUAUAAUAAAAGUUUACAUAGAAAUAUAAU